CAUUAUUGUGACAACAAGUCAUUCUACUAGCAAUAACCUAGUUUUUGCACCGUAAUAAGUUUUUUUGGUCGUCGUCCUUAAAAAAAGGCCGCAAGCAAGUGAUAUUGUAUUGCGUUGUUCAGCUCACAGGAGGUCGCCAAUACAGGAGUACCGGUACAGGGUUCGCCCUCUCUGGUCUUCAACAGUUCAAAAGAGUUAUCUUCACGCUUAUUGUACUACCAUAUUCAGCACUUGCACAACCAUAUUUUGUUAUUCCUUCAUCAUUCAUGUGCAAACGUUGAGGAAGAAAAAGUAAUCCACCAACAAUUCAAGAUGCCUCGCAAGGAAAAGAAAGAGUCUGAUUCUCGAGAUGAACACGUCGAAGAAGAAGACGACGACGAAUGCAAACCACCCGCACGUAAAUCGAAAAAGAAAAAGAGAAAGAAGAAACCCGAAGACGACGCGGGCGACACCGCAGACGAUGUAAGCAACACCAACGCCGAUACAGAGGAAGCAACGGACUCGCCGGACAAAAAAUCUUGGAGAGAUAGGAUCAAAUUUCGUGGCAAGAAGGAUCCUGGCGAGUUAGAUAAGAAGGAUAAAGACGAGUCGGAAGAUGAUGGCAAAGAGGAGGGCGCUCCCAAACAGAAAUCUUGGAAGGAUAGAAUCAGCUUGCCGUUUGGGAAAAAGGACAAAGAUGGCGACGAUGGCGACGAUGGCGACGACGAGAAAGAUGAAGCAGAUGCCAUGUCUACUGCCCAGGAAACAGUUGACACCAAAACAACACAAGCCAAAUUAAACAAGAGGACAAUCGAAGAUUUUGAAACCGAAUAUCACGAUGCAAUCCGAGAUCACGAUUGGGAUUUAGUUGAGGGAUUGUUGAAGGAUUAUGAUGAGACGCUUUAUAAAAAACAGAGAAAAGCACCCGGAGCGAAGAAAAAGAAAAAUCUCAAACUUUUGAAGUAUGUUCCGGAUAUGUCCAGAUUUAAGAAAGAAGAAAUAGAGCCAGAAAUUCCCGUUACACCUCUCAUGGCAUUGGAUCACGAGGGUAGAACGCCCCUGCAUUUGUGUUGUCACGAACCAACGCCAGCCAAAGUAUUGAUCCGUCUCAUGAAUUGUUGUCGUGAUGCCGCUGCCGUCAAGGAUAAACAAGGACUCUUGCCUUUGCACAUUGCUGUUGAAAAUCGACGGGCGAAUAUUGUAAUUGAACGAUUGGUUCGAGGCUUCUAUCAGGGUUCAUGGAUGGGUGAUAAUGAUAAUCGAACCCCUCUGAGCAUAGCGGUCGAUAUAGCAGUUGAGAAGCAAAUCGAACAGAACAUCGUCCCCACAAAAACGUUCUGGGGGUUUCCGUCCUCUCCGGAGGACAUCAAAUGGCAAGAAGCACAAGAAAAAGUAUGGAGUGUGGCCGCAUUUUUAGUAAAGAAUCGCUUUGAUCGGCGGAAAAGAUUGCUCACGGUAGAACACGAUAAGAUUUUUGUAGCGUUGAACAAAUGUGCCCCACCAAUGGUUGCUUCCAACUUCCUCGCUGCGGGAAGGAAACACAUGGUAAAAACGGAGGUAGCUGGAAAAUUGUUUUUUCUACUCAUAAGUCGGCAGUAUCCGAUGUACAUCUUCAAUUGGUACCUUCAGGUGAUCGCUAUACCGUUCAUCAUGGAACAACAAGAUUCCACGGGCUGCGGCGCAGUAGCCGCCCACUUUCGAGUCGGAUGCAUGAAGCACAAAGACCAAAGGACCAACCGUGAGAAGGAUUCGUUUGCAACUACGAUGAAAAAGCUUGCGUAUGCAAAGCUUCACAAGAAAGAUUUUGUAACGACACCACAAUACUUGGAAUGGUGGGAAAAACUCAUAAUGUUCAUAAAUCUCUGGGCGAUACGUUUUUCAGAGAAUGUAGCCGACGACACAAUUUGUAAAGACAACAAUGUUCUUCUGCACACCGCAUUGAUCAAUCCAGAUUCGCCGCCCCUGUUAAUUCAGCUUCUUGCAAAAUUAUUUCCAGACUCGAUCUUACAUCGUCACCCCAAAUCUACCGCUCUGCCAAUACACAUUGCAUGUCGCCACUGGCAAUUCCGAGAUUAUCCUCGUAGAAAGGGUGAGAAAAUUGUCAGUAUCAAUCAAGUGUGUAUGGAGUUGUUGAAAAAGGACCCAACGCAAACGCGAAAACGGUACCGGAAUCGUUUGCCUCUGCACCACGCGAUCGCUGUUUUCAAGCCAUGGGAAUUUAUUGAGCCCCUUGUUGAUCAGGACAAAGCGUCAUUGCUCAUUCGCGAUCCAGUAACGUUGCUCCAGCCAUUUCAAAUGGCCGCAUUGAAAAUCCAAGAAACUUAUGAUAUCGAAAACCUCACAAAACGUGGAUUUACUCCUGUAGAAUGGAAGAACAUGUCUAGCGAAGAACAGGACCGUCAGAUGAGAAAAUUACUCUAUGAGUAUGAUUUGAAACAACUCAACCUGAUAUAUAUGGUUUUGCGCCGUUCCCCCGAUGCAGCAAAAAAAAUGAAAUCCUCCCAGGACACGUUGUCGGUAUCAAAGACAAAAAAUUCUAAAAAAGCCGAUGAGUACCAUGCGCAAUUUCAGAUUGUUGCGAUGCUCGAAAUGAAAAUCGCCCGCAGUGUUUUUGGACUGGGGAACGUGGGAGGGCACUUCAUAGGCUGGUGCUACGAAAGUAAUGAAGAAGGUCUAUGGAAAACACAUCGAAGAAAUUUUGCUAUGGUAAAAGAGGCUAUUAUCGAUGGUUUUGUACCUGGCGGCAUGCAGAAGUGGUGGCAAAAGCUCAAAUUCUGGCUUUGGCAAGAUUGUCCGCGGGACAAUAUUCCUCGACGUGCCGAUUUCUUGUUGCAUUGCGCAGUUUGCAAUCCGAAUGUGUCGCCUUGGAUCGUUGAACUGAUUCUAGAAUGCUUCCCUCGGUCGGCAACAUUACCACUCCCCGACUCUGAUGGAUGUUAUCCCCUACACAUUGCUUGCACUACAGACACAUACAUACCCUUACCUUUUGAAUUUCCAAACAAAAGGUGUAUCAUUGAGAUGGUAUCCAAAGCUUUUCGCGAGGCCAUUCUGAUGAAAUGGAGGGACCGGCUGCCUCUUCAUCAUGCGAUAUUGGGCUCCAAACAAUGGGAAGAAAUGAGGUCCAUGGUAGAAGAUGAGCCAGUUUCGCUAGCAAUCCCCGGGUCGGAAAGCGACCUUUUCCCAUUUCAGCUGAUGGCUCUCCAUAAACAAUACUCAAAAUCAGAAAUGAAGCAAUUUCAGAAGAUUGCUGAGGCGGAAUUUAGGGAGAAUUUUUCCGAGACGUAUACUAUCAGUGAAGACGAAAAGGCCGAACAAUUGAACAAGGUAAUUGAAAGGCACGAAAGGGAAACGAUUGGAUGUACUUUCGAAUUGCUAAAGCACAACCCCAUGCUUGUCCACGUCGGUCUGAUCGAUCGACAGAAUCAAACAGAAGAUAGCAUAGCUUCUGGAAAUUCCACUGUCGUUGACGAUUGCUUGAAUAUGGAUGUAGCCUUUUCGAAUCUUAAUUUUGACGAAUCGAUGUGACGUAGAAGUAAUGUGAAGCAAUGUGAUGUGAUUGGCCAUACACUUUUCUUUGGGAAAGUAUUUUCAUUAAUGUUACCGGUUGGAUUUGAUCGCAUCUCCCUAUUACAUGAUAAUAUGCGCUCCACCACAAGUGUGUUUACUUGAAAUCUGUAUGUAAAUUCAUAGCAAUUUCUACCAUGUAAUAUGACCAGAGGAGCCUCUGGUCUGGUGGUGUAGUUAGAGAAGCUGAUUGCCUAAUAUUCUAGGAAUCACCUUUGAGCUCCCUAGAGAAUCCAGUGCUCAAUUCCCAUAACUCUCUGUU